ACCCCCCCCAAGAAAAUGAAGCCAGUCACUUGAGCUCAUUUCCAUGAAUCUUACUUCAAUCAGUCUCCCAAUUUCCUCAGCCCACCGCCGAAAAGUCUUCCUCUCCCAACAAGCAAGGAAAAGGGUAUCGGGAAACACUUGUCUGCAGCUCAUUUUUCCUCGGAAUAUUCAUCAUCUGCUGCCGGGUAUCACCUAAUGGCGGCGCUCCUCACCCGUCCUCGUCCCCGUGAAGAUUUCCUUUCUCCCUUGCCGCCGGCGGCUUUCCGUCAUGGGUUUGGCGUGUCGGAGGGCGCGGGGGGAGGCGGGGGCACAGUCCAUGUGGCGGUGGGGAAGUCGGUGGAGAAGAUGGAGGCUUUGCUGCGGUGGACUAUUAAUAUGUUUCCGGGAUGGGAAAUCUGUUUGCUUCAUGUUCAUCGUCCUUCUCCUCUCAUUCCAACUCUAUUGGGCAAAUUGCCGGUUAGUCGAGCAAAUCCUGAAAUGGUAGCUGCAUUUAGGAAGGAGGAGAAAGCAGAGAUAACGAAGCUGUUGUCUACUUACUUGAUGACUUGCAGCAAAUCAAGAGUUAAAGCAAGCAUUAUCACAAUUGAAGCGAAUGAAGUUCAAAAGGGAAUCGUGAAUUUAGUUAAUCUGCACAUGAUUAGGAAACUUGUUGUUGGAGUUAUUCCCGAUUUCAUGAAAGGGAAAAGGAGCUCCUGCAAAGCCUGCCAUGCUGCAAAAUAUGCUCCUUCUUAUUGUGAGAUGUGGUUUGUCAACAAAGGAAAGCUGAUCUGGACCAGACAGGCUUCUGCAAACUCAAGCAUUGAUCUGUCAAGCUGUCAUUUAGCUACUUCUAGUGCACAAAAUUUAAUAUCUUGGUCCUUAAAUUCUUGCCAGAAUGAGGCAGAGGCAUCUCAGACGGACUUAACUUUACCUACCAUCUCACAAUGUGUAGAAAGUAAAUGUGAUCCACUAUAUAGCCAUAGUGUGUCCUCUUCAAGAAGCUUGAGCUCUGGCAGUGAAUACGCUACAUCUGUUGAACCAAGAGUGUCUUCCAUCGGAAAUGUGAAGAUUGUGGAAGAGUGCUUAUGCAUUCAGCUUUCAGAAUUAAAAGUGGAAGUUGAUCAAUCGAAAGAUGAAACAUAUCUAAAGCUCCUAGAGCAAAGACAAUUGGAAGCUGAAGCUCGGGAAGUAUUAAAUAAGGUUAAAGCUUUGGAAAUGGCUCAUUCUCGUGAAAUAGAACAACGGAUAGAUGCUGAGGAUGCACUUAGGAUUACAAUGCAAGAACAAGAGAAGCUCUUAGAAGAAAGAGAGAGAAUAACUCAGCAGCUCCAAAAGACCCUGCGGAAUGUAGCUCUCCUGGAUAGUCAUGCACAGGAAGCAAACCGCAGAUGUGAAGAAGUUGCAGGAGAGCUGAAGCUCAUUCAGGCUUCCAUUGCAACUCUGCGGAAGGAGAAGCAAAAACUUCAGCAGCAGAAAAUUGAAGCCACAAGAUGGCUUGAUAGAUGGAGAAGUCAUGAACAGUGUGAAAAUGCAAAUGACAGCAAAUUUAACAGGUUCAGGGGAGAGGUGGCUGAAUUGCCAGAGUUUUUGUUGUCAGAUCUGGAGGCUGCUACUUGCAAUUUCUCUGAGAGUUUCAUGAUCGGAAAGGGAGGAUACGGAAUUGUGUACAAGGGGGAAAUGUUGGACAAGACAGUUGCUAUAAAGAAGCUGCAUUCUUACAAUAUGCAGAAGCAAAUAGAGUUCCACGAAGCGGUUCAAGUUCUAGGCAAACUACAUCAUCCUCAUCUUGUCGAAUUGAUUGGAGUUUGUCCAGAUUCGUGGUUGCUCGUUUAUGAAUAUUUGCCUGGUGGCAGCCUCCAGAAUUACCUUUUCAACAACAAUAAUAUCAGCCCCCUCAACUGGAAGACCAGAGCACAAAUUCUGGCUGAUAUUGCUAGUGGCCUUCUAUUCUUGCACUCUUUCAGGCCUAAAAAGAUCGUACAUGGAAACUUGAAGCCUGAGAAUUUGCUCCUCGGUUCUGGAAACAGAUGCAAAAUAAGCGAUUAUGCUGAUCAUAUGCUUACAGCCAACCAAACAUUCCGCUGCCCCAGUUUUCGUCGUUGCACUGGAUCUACUGGAGUUUCAUUGUAUACAGAUCCUGAAUCUCAUAGAACUGGAGCAGUAAGCCAUAAGUCUGACAUUUAUUCGUUUGGGGUGGUCAUACUUCAGUUAGUAACAGGGAAAACUCAUGGAGGACUAGUUGGCGAGGUGAAAAGGGCAUUAUCCAAUGGGAAAGUAGCUUCCAUCUUGGAUUUAUCUGCUGGAGAGUGGUCAGGAUAUGUUGCUCGAAGAUUGGUGGAUUUAGGAUUGCAAUGUUGUGAAUUGAAUGGCAGGGAAAGACCGGAGCUGACACCAUCUCUUGUUAAGGAGCUCGAGCAUAUGCCAUUCUUGGAAGAGCAAACAGUACCAUCGUUUUUCUUAUGCCCCAUUCUGCGCGAAAUAAUGCAUGACCCCCAGGUGGCAGCCGAUGGGUUCACCUAUGAGGGGGAGGCCUUGCGUGGAUGGCUGGAGAAUGGCCAUGAAACUUCUCCGAUGACGAAUUUGAAGUUAAGUCACUUAAAUCUAACUCCCAACCACUCCCUGAGGCUUGCUAUUCAAGAUUGGGUUGCAAAUCUUGAAAUCACCUCAUGAUGUGUUUGUAACUUAGCUUGUAAAUAAUGCAAGAUAUGGGGAAUCUGUCAAAAAAUCUACUCAUAAACUAUUACGAAGAUAAGUUGUUGACUCAUUGGCAUGUUAUAAA